ACCUUUCAAUGAAAGUGCUUGUGUGACCAAGAUUUUUGUAUCAGAAACCGGAAACACGAGUGCUUUUGAUCCCUGGAUCCCAACAAGCCGGCUGACACAAUCAUGAUACGGAAUAUACUGAAACCUUGCUUUAAGCAGUCGUUCCUGGGCACCAUUAAGAGCUAUGCUACCAUAGUGGACAAAGCCAGUCUCAGCAAGCUCAGGAAGAAAACGGGUAUUGGAUUUAUGAACUGUAGGAAAGCACUGGAGCAGUUUGAGAAUGAUAUAGACAAGGCAGAAAAAUGGUUGCUGGAGCAGGCACAGAAAGAAGGAUGGGCCAAGGCUACAAAGCUUCAAGGUCGUCCAAUGUCACAGGGAUUAGUUGGGGUCAUGUCCGACAAUCAGAGAGCUACAGUGGUCGAGAUCAAUUGUGAAACAGACUUUGUGGCCAAAAAUGAAAAGUUCCAGGAUCUUGUAUCCCAAAUAACUUCCGGCUGUCACCGAUACUUCAUGGCAGCCCCUAGUAGUACACAGAGGAAUCAUAUAUCCCUGGGGUAUCUCUUCCUAAGGAAAAUCUUGAUGCCAUUGAUAUUGGCUGACAACCAGAAUGUGUCAGACUUGGUUGCAAUGACGGUUGGAAAAGUUGGGGAGAAUGUAUCAGCUCGUCGUGUUACACACAUAGGUGUGGCACCCAAUUCACACCUGGAAACCUACAUUCAUGCUACAGGUUCGGAUAUCGAGGUUGAUGGCUGUAGGAUGGGAAAAUAUGCUGUUUUACUCGAUGUGAGUCAGGAUGGGUCAGAGGAGGUUGGCCCCUUGAAAACUGUAGCCAAACAAUUGUGUCAACACAUUCUGGGGCUGAAGCCUAACACUGUAGGCGACUUUGAAAAUGACAAGCCUCUCGCUGACAGGGAUGAUCAACCUGCAGAGGAAUCAGAUACCAGUGAUGAUGAGAGCGAUGAUAGUGACGAUGAAAGUGAUAGUGACGAGGAAGAGAAGAUUAGUAAAAGUAAAGAGGAGGAAACUAGACUUGUGUUUCAGGAAUUCCUCUUUGAUCCAGAAAUUGUUGUAGGAGAAUAUUUAAAAGAAAACAGGGCCACAGUGAACAAGUUUGUACGCAUUGAAUGUGGGGCCGAACUUCCGUCAGAAAGCUGAUAACCUCAUUGAAUACAAAAUGGAUGUUUGCAUGGAGACAGUUUGUGAAAAUGAUAUACACAAACAUUCAUGUGUGAGAAAAGAAUAUAUUAAGUGUUUGAAGUAAAGAUUUCAGAUGUUGACAAAUGAAAUUAAAUCUGCCAUCGUUUAUAUGUGUAAAGACAACUUGUCUACAAUGUUGAGCAUUCCAUAUUCAUAUCAACUGAAGCUGAAUAUGGAGUAAUUUAUCGCUAAUGUAGUGAAAAACUAGUUGGAAGACUUGAAUUAAAUGAUCUUUAUUUAUUAAACAAGACCACCAAAUGUAAUACAUGUAUAAAUAGUUAUUAACUACGAUAGAGUUAACAGAUAUACAGGCAGAAUAGCAUCAAAUAUAGUAAAACUAUAAUAGUAUUGGUAUUAAAUAUGCUACUUAAAAAAUAAAAUAAACCUCAAAAAGCAAACUGAAAUCUAGAUUUGGCCCCAGGAGUCAAUCAUUUCAAAUUAUAAUAUUCUAAAAUUAUAACAUUGAUGUAGUGCAAAAUCUGGUUUGAGGACAUGGCCGUAUAAGGUACAGAUCAUUAGACUGGUAGGAUUUUUAUCUUACCGGAACAAAGUUUAGGGGAGCUAUUUCUAUACCGUCGUCGUCAUCUGUUAGACAGCUAGGUUUAAGUUGAUAUAAAACAGUGCUCUGUCAAUACUGAUGAGGAUAUAGUUUAGAUAUUUCACAUUUCUUUUAAAAAUAUCUUUAACCUUGGCCACAUUUUGUUAAAAUUGUACAGGAUAUGGCUUUAAUUUUUGAUGUGCAUUCUUUGUCACAAAACCUUUCUGUUGAUAAUGCAUUGUAGACCUGCCUACCUUGACCUUUGACCUACUUUUAGUUAAACUCCAUGAGCUUCUGAAUUUCAUCACGCUGAUGAUACAAUUAGCAAGUUAUAUUGUCUUGACCACUCUUGAUGAGAUAUUUUUCACACAUUGUUAGUGUAUGGGAUUUUCUUGUUUAAGACUGUGGGCUAAAUUAUUUUUUUUACUUAAGAUAUUCUUGAAUCAUAAUCAUCUAUCAAGUCAGUGAAGUUGGCUCUGGUCACAACAGGGGCUAAAUAAAGUUUUCAGGGUGGUCACCGAACUGGUGGUAUCUGCCCAACAGCGCCUUUCCACAAGUGAACACUAAUAUAUCAUUUUUUGUGUAAAUGUAGACGAACAUUUUCAUUUGACAAAAUGUAAAAAAAAAAAAAAAAAAAAAAAAUCUAUAGUAAAUAUAAUCCUCUAAUCAACAUAACAAUUGUUAGAUCUAAAGAGGUGCAGUAGAAUGUCAAUAAACAUAUAUACAGUAGCAUAUAAAUAUAAUGUAUAAUAUUGCCGCAAGUAUGAAAUGUCAUGUAGAAUAAGGACUCUCAAACCAAUGAUCAACAUCAAAUGACUGGACAUGACUGAGAAUUUAGUAUCGAAGCAUAUCAUUGCAUCACAUUUUGAGGAUUAAAAUGUUAUGAAACAAAAGUGCUAGCUUUUUAUGGGUAAAUAUCCUGGACUUCCUUAAAUCUCCGAGGUAGAUAAGCAGUGCACAUUUACUAGGGAAACUGGUGAAAUUACAAAUUUGAAAAUAAUUCAACUUUUCAAGAAUUACAUGUAGCUAGUACACCUAUAGGUUACUGUGUGGCUACAUAUAUAUAAUUUAUAUCCCUGUUAAUCAUCAGUUGAAUCCUCAUUGAAUUCCAACCAAUUUUGCUUCAUGUCAUCACAAAAUGUUCAUCAGCGAACAGAUAUCAAAUUGGACGUUGACCUUUGACCCAGUGACCUAGAUAUUUGGUUAGUUAACUCUUCGUUUAAUUCUUACCAACUUUGCUUCAUGAUGUUAAAGUGGGUUUUUUAUGUGAAAAGAUACAAAAUUUGGCCUUGACCUUUGAACCUACUGACAUUGACUUUUGACUUUAACAUUAGGAACUUUAAAAACCCUUAUCACACAUCUGCAUGUCACAAUAUCACAGUGAAUUACCAUGUGAAAUUUCAGAAAGUUUAUACCCCUCUGUAAGUGACUUAGAUAUUCCCAAUUUUAUAUUAAUCAACGACAACAACCUUGACCUUGAGGACUUAAAAGACUCCUACUGCACAUCUAAAUUUCAGAGUAGUUUGGUCGUUUAUAAGGGCCUUACAAAAUUUAUUUUGACAGUAUUUACUCAGUUGUAUGUUAGUAGCAGGGACCUUGACCUUAGGAACUUUUUAAACUCAUAUUGUACAUGACAGUGUAACACCAUAACAAGUUUUAGAAAGUUUGGCAGAGACAAUACCUAAUCCAACAUUU